AGCAGUCCGCGCAGAGCGCAGAGCGCAGCGCCACGCUGAAGCAGACCGUGUGUCACAGAGAGGACCUCCGCACCUCCCCAGGAUUUCAAACACAGCAAGAGUGGAUAAACUGAGCGGACGAGGGGUCCAAGCAGGUGAGGUGAGGACAAGGGCAAGAUCUGCAUCUGCCCCAUCCCUCCAUCAACGACCUGAGUGCCUUGGUGCCGGCCACCCUCAGGUCACCUCAACCACAACGGGCGCCAAACAAUAAAAGUCCUGACCCGGCGUCGCUCAGACAUCCUGCACAAAGCAAAUAUUUGAGGCCAUUAUAUCUAAUUUCUCCAGGCAGCCGUCACUGAAAAGAUCAACAGUGAAGGGUGUUAUUGGGAGACAGAAAGAGAGAAGAAAAAGUGGGGGAGGAAAAAGUAACCCUUUCAAACUGCACCCUGCCUGCUAUUUCUGCUGUGCUGUGGGCAGGGAGCGUCUCAUUUGGGAGUGCUCUUGGCUGACAAGAAAAGGACUUCCCUCUGCCCUGCCUGCCUAUCCAAAUGCCUGUAUAAAUACUGGAUAGAGAUAUCACUUCGUUUGGGCUCUAACAACGCCCAACAAAGAGACUGUGAGCUAUCUAUAGAAAGCGCGACAACAAACUCGGACUCUGUGGUCUCGUGAAUUGCUACCUUUCGAUUACCCUUCAAGGAGGAUUCAAGAGACCAGGAAUGAGAGCCUCCUCAGUUUCCUACACUUAGGAACUUUUGCAGACACUCUCUCUAGGUUUGAAAUCUUCACAGGGCCAACAUUUGCUCUCUGGGGGACACCGGAAGCUGUCAGUCAUUUGGGGGCUGCAGUUUUGAUGUCUUUCCCGGCUCAGUGAAUCAACAUGAAGCCCCUUACGCCAGCUGGGUCCCCCUCGCCGCUGAGGCUCCUCAACAAGGGUCCAGACUACCUACGCAGGCAGAUAGAUGGUGGAGGUCAUGGUCGCUCAAUCAGUGCUGUGGAGAGGCUUGAGGCAGACAAAGCCAAAUAUGUUAAGAGCCAGCAGGUGAUCAACACCAAACAGGAGCCUGUACUGGUGCCCUGUGCUACUCCACCCCCACGGCCCCGGCGAGCUGUUUCCACCCCCGGUAGCCUGACGCCUCACCUUCCCCCACGGCGUUCAUCCAACACUCCCUUCUCUACACUCUCUGGCUCCUUCACCUCAAGAGAUGAAAAUGAAAAUGACGACUCCCGGAAGGAGAACAGACGGACUUCUGUUGACGUUGAGGCGCAUAACAGGAGCAAUGUGAACAAUGUAAUGCCUCCCAACCCCAGGACUCCUGGAAAUAGCAGCUUGGUGGCACCACACAGUGCCCCUGUACUCAGAAGAAGCACAGGCAAACGCAUGCUGAGGCCGGACUCCCUCAUCAUUUACAGGCAGAAGAAAGAGUGCAAGAGCCCCAGUGGUGCAGCCGUGGGAGAGAACAACAACAUGGAGGUGAAGGGCUACAGCUUUGUCCGCCGCCUCUUCCAGGGCUCCAUGAGGGAGAAGAGUAGCGGAGGUGAAGGCAGAAUCCAGAAGAUGGUGAUCGGUGAAGAAAAAGCGCCAUCAAGGGAUGGAGACUCCCGCAUGUCUUGGACCAAUGACAAAGACACUAUGGAUGGUGGACCAGCGAGCAGGAGGUCUAGUAAAACUGACCAGGAACGCAGCCCAGGGUCUAUCCCCAGUCCUGGGUUAAACUGUACACUUGAAAGGACUAAGAAUGGAUUUACAGAUGGUACCAAUGACGAAGUUAACAAUGGUAUCACCAAUGGCAACCAAUCAAGUAACCAUGAGGAUGAGAAUGACCCAUGGAAGCGGGCGUCACCCCCAUCAGCACCCAGAAGGCGGUUUGGGGAGUUGCAGCGCUCUAAGUCAGACUUGCGUCUGCGCUGCUCAAUAGCAUUAUCAGAGCAGGAGCAUUUCUUUGACUUCUGCGGGCUGGACAUGGACAUGAUAGAGCGUCUGGGUCGAGAGAAUUUCCUCUCUGGCGCCAGCUCCAUAGACACACUGUCAUUGGCCCUCCGCAGUGUAGGCGGGGACGGCUGUGGCGGCUCAGAGCCCAGCGAGUUCUCCCGGCACUCAGGAGAUGGGCUGUUUCAGGAGGAGCUGGCUGAGCAGCUUCCUACUGGUGUGUCAAUCAUUGAGAGAAACGCUCGGGUCAUCAAGUGGCUUUAUGGGUGUAAGAAUGCUGCUCGAGAGGGACCCAAAGAGUCUACUGUUUAACAUAGGGACAAAGAACCAUGUGCCAUGGAGUGCAGAGAGUCUGAAGGUUUCUUUAAUGAUAGUAACAACCAGGGGAUUCGUAUGUCCUUACCCAGAGCGAAGGAACAGUGAAAUCACCUUGUGUACCAUUUGGUUGUGCAGACCUUUACCCAAAACUCAAAGCACUGAAUCAUCACGGACUUACAAACUAAGAUAAAACAAGACAAAAUGAAAAUCUGAUAGCAAAAUAUGAUUUUUCUUUUAAUUUUUGAAUGAUUGUCAUUGACAGACUUGGGGUUUGCUUCAGCUGCUAAUGUCUGUGUGUAGGGUUAGCUUUCCAUGGCACAUGAUCACCUUUAGUCCCUUGCUUUCCCUGACUCCAAAGAAACUGUUUCUUCGAAUGAGCGGACAACAACUGCUACUCGUUAUCUCCUGUCAAAUUGAUAUAUUGUAUUUAUAGAUCCUAUGGAAGUAUUGUGGGUAUAGACAGACCUUACUGGUGAAUGGAACUAUUCUCCCUUUAGUAUGUGUGUGUGUGUGUGUUUGUGUGCGUCUGGCUGUGGACUCUGCUGUCCUCUCCAUUUGUAGCUUCUUUUCAGUUAUUGACUGAACUGGAUUUAAAACUGAUCAGAAAUCAGCUCCUGUGACCCCUCACAAGGCACAUAAGUGUGUGUUAGUCAUGACGCAGUGGACACAGUUUACACUCGCCCUCAAUGACUAAAUUAAAAUGGAAAACCACUAAGCUAUGUUUUUUUCUAAACUGGAAAACUGUUGUGUGAGUGUGAAGUGAACCAUGAGUACCUCAUUCGGAUCUGUCCCAGUUUAG